ACCGAGAGAGCCUCGGCACGGUCGAUCCCGAUUCGCGCUGCGCGUACGCACGCGCGCUCUAUAUUUGAAUCGGACGAUUUUGCACAAUUUGUGCGAAUCGUAGUGACAGAUUGUGCGGAGUGUGCAAACAUGAUGAUAGCAACAGUUGAGUGAACUAAUUAACUCUUUUUGUAUUUUGCGGACCUGCCUUCCAGACCGUUUUCAACCACAACAAUGAACCAGCAGUGUAAAGUGUGCGGGGAGCCGGCGGCGGGGUUUCAUUUUGGCGCGUUCACGUGCGAAGGCUGCAAGUCGUUCUUCGGGCGGACGUACAACAACCUGUCGUCGAUAUCCGAGUGCAAGAACAACGGGGAAUGCGUCAUCAACAAGAAGAACAGAACGGCGUGCAAGGCGUGCCGGUUACGGAAGUGUCUCCUCGUCGGCAUGUCCAAAUCGGGCUCGAGAUACGGCCGAAGAUCGAACUGGUUCAAGAUACACUGCCUACUCCAGGAGCAGCAGCAACAGCACAUGCAGCAGCUACACUCGAGCAAGUCUCCGCCAUCUUUCAACUCGCCCAUCAGUCCUUCGUUUCUACCGACCAACCUCCUUCCCGCCGCGGCUCUGGCGGACUACUACAAGAAUUCCGAAAAGAACCCGUACACCGAGGACGUUACCAGACACAGUGCCUCUCCAUCGGAUUCGGGAGCAUCAUCGGCCGAUCCGGAGGACGACAAUAGUUCUAGAAGUACCAGUGGACUCAGCACGCUCCGGCCCGCGUCGUCCCCGUGCAGCGAAAAGGAUAUAAGGAUGCACGCGAUCAGAAGCAAUAAGGAUCCGCGACGAAAAAAACCAACGCUCAUCCCCUCGCCUUUCGGACCGAUGACGCCGUCUCCGAGUUUCUCUCCCCGGACUAGACCAUUUUUGUCCGGUCCCAUGCAAAUACGUCCGAUUCCCCCCGGAUUGGCAUGGCAGAAUCGAAACGGGGGGAGCGUUGUCAUGCAUAUGCCGGCGGUGGCCGGCGUCGCCGUUGAACAAGACCAGCCCAUUGAUCUGUCAAUUAAGUCCACAGCAGUGUUGUUUAGGAGUCCUAAGCACGAGGACGAUUCUGAGCCCGAGCUCAGCAUCGAUCUGAGUCAAGAUAAUAGCAAAGAUAUCAUGAAAAACCCAUUAGAUCUUAGUCUCGUUCCUAAACGGGCCGAGGAAGUGCCUCUAACUGGAUAGGUAUUAUAAGAAUACUGAUUAGUAAUUUUGUUGUAAAUAUUUCUUGUUGA